UGGCAAUGAUGAGAAUUCCUGCAGAAAAUAACGAUAUCUAUGAAGCUACCAAGUCCCCAUCUAAUGCAUCUGAUGAGAAGGUGCCUCAGGAAACGCUGCCUAGCGAUAUUGGGAACGAGAACGGCAGCAAGGAGCAGACCGCCAACACCGACGACUCUAAUCUUCAAGAAAGCUUGGAGCACAUCCUUCCCGAUAAUCUUUUCGCUUCUCCUACAAAGUCAGCUGCAGAACACCAGGCCGCAUUCUCCACUGAUUCAGCUGAAGCCGGUGUUAGUUCCCCAAUAACUACUACUACUACUACUAACAUCUCUAUGCUUCCCACAACUUCUACCCUCAACAUGGCUUCUCUUAAAUCUUGUUACUUCCACAUGCCAAGGUUUACUUCUGGGCAAGAAGCCAUUGAAAUGUAGGUGUUAAGAGUUUGUGCAAGGCUAGCUAGGAGGGAUUAACUUAGCUUGGUAAAAGAAUCUUUUUUUAUUUACUUUUGG